GUGUUGACGUCGGAAAAAUAACAAACUUAAGAAUUUUUCUCAUCUAACAUUUUUAUUUUUUUAAGAGCAUGUGUGAGACCUGUUUUUGUUAGAAAUAAUAUAAACGAUUACAUGCACCCGCAUUAAGGCAUCACGCAUUGAUCUGCCUUUAUUUAAACAUUAUUUUUGUAAAUUUUUGUUCAUUAUUACGAUAAUUUGUUAGUAGGUAUUUUAUUUCAGGCACCUGGCAACCCUGUUAGUUUUCCUUUCAGCGCGCGACGAAGUGACCGCUUUGUCCGUGGAAAAUGGGCCUCGCAAAUUAUUCGUGAAAUCUAGUCCACGAUCCCAAAAAUACAAAAAAUAUGUUUAUUUUACAACAUUUAUAACAUCCGUUGUGUUAAAAAAGACAAGUGAUUAUUUUUGGGUAAUUUUUGCAGUUUUUUUAAUGAAGUAGCCGGUGACGAUUAGAUGCAAGGGCUGAUAUUGUCACAGUCCAUUGAAGAGGACCGAGGCAUAGUUUUGAAUAUGGGUGAUAGCUGAAAGGAAACGCUGGCGAUCAACGUUGGAAAAGUAAAGAAAAAUGCGCUGGAUAUUUCCCGUACCAGUUCUCCUGAUGUCAUGGUUCGGAGUGGACCAAGUAAAAGGGAACUCCUGCAUCAGAACUGCAUUAUGGGCCCUUACUCUGUGCCCCCUUGUUCAGGCGGAAUGCCAAACUCGAACGAUCUACUGCUAUGAGUGUGACAGCUGGACAGACUAUCGGUGUAAGGACCCCUUCAACUACACUGCACUACCUCGCGAUCAACCUCCUCUACAAACUUGCAACGGGUGCUGCGUGAAGAUGGUGCGAUACUCCAAGAGCCCGUACGAGGUUGUCCGCCGCACCUGUACUUCACAACUCCAAAUAAACCUCUUUAUGGUGGACCACGUAUGCAUGAUGGAAAGUACUGGCAAUGGCCAUAUGUGCUUUUGUGAGGAGGACAUGUGUAACACAGCGUCGACAACCGGCACAUCACUAGCCUUGGUCGCAGCACUAGCAUGCGCAUGCUUCAGGUGAAGUAGGACGCUAGUGGCCACAUGAUCCAGUCGAUCGGUUUUCAUUCGAUAUUUUACGUCAUGACGUCACAUGACGUGUCAUGUCGAAUUUUGUACUGAGGUUUACCGAUAUUAGACGUCAAAAACGCGCGGGAAAUAGUUUUCAAACUGUCUUGAUGGAUUUUGGUUUCGUCUUUUUAGUUUGUUUUUUACACAGUUUUGUAAUAUUCUCGGUGUCGAUGUUAUCCAUAAAACAACGGGACUGUGUCCAAAUAAAAAAAAGAAUAUUUUUCAGAAUCCAUUAAAUUAGUUAUCUAAUAAUGUUUUAUGCAACAAAAUUGACAUUAUUUGUAACUUUAAACAGUAAACUUGUAAGUUUAUACGUCAUAUAGUUUUACCAACACGAAAUUAGGUCAUAAUACACGUCUAAUAUCGAUAAACUCGUCAGUAUUAUUUUAAAAACAUAUUUAUCAAUAUCGAUAAUCGAUACAUGGACGUAACUAAUAAACAGGCGUUAGUGAUGUGCAAGUGUCGAUAAUCGAUUGAACAAAAUCGAUCGACUUGAGUGUGGCGAUAAGAUAGAACGAGAUUUAACCUUUCUUCGUCCAGCGUAGAUGUAGCUUAGAAUUGGCGUUUGGUUUUUACAAUACUAAGUAUAAACACUUUUUAUCGCCCGUUUUAAAUGAAUUUAUCAUUCCCAUUCGAGUCCCGUCCGAGUCAGAUUUUGAUAUUUUUUUUUUUUGUAAAUUUUCAAGUAAGUAAAUAAUGCAGAUAGCGUAAAUUUAGGAAUUUUCGGUUCACUCUAUUCGACGAUUUGCCUAAUCUACACAAAUGUAUUCAAUAGUCAAUUUAUCCCUUAGAUUAAUGUUUCAAAUAUUUGCUACACAUUUAAUUUUGUCUAUUGAGGUAAAUGUCAAAAUAACUGACUUUCCUACGUAAAGGUAGCGUAAAAUUUAGUUUACUAGUCUAAAAUUUUGUGGGUAAGUACAUCUCAAAGACAAACGAAGUGAAAUAAAAAUAGGUCAUAGAAUUAAGAAAUAUUGGCAUAUGAGCGCUGUGAAAAACUCUUUCAACUUAGUAUUGUAAAAGCUAGACUCCCGUUUUUCAUCUUAAAGCAACUCUCAUGUUUGCGGCAUUUUUUGCUCUAAAUUACUAACUUAGUCUUAAUCUAGCUAUAAAACAAAGGAGUUUUCCAUUUAUUGAUGAAAUUAGCCUGUACAUAUUGCUCAGUCACAUAGUGAUGCGCGAGUAGAGUUUAUCGAUAUCGUCAUCGAUGAAUCGAUCGAUUACAAAAGCUGUGACUUUGCUGCUUUAUGAUUGGUCCAAUUUAGGCCAUUAGAAUUCGCUCCUAGAUGCACAUUUUAUAGAUGUGGGACACUUUAGAUAGAAAAAAAUGAUUCGAAAAGAACUAGCGAGUACUGCCGAGUAGCAUAGACAAGAGAUUCUAAUAAUAUAAAUAAAGGCUGUUGGUUUGUUCGUUUGUAAAAUAAGGUAUACAAAAAUUAGGCUCCUAUUUCAUAAGUAACUACCUAUUGCUGUAUUUAAAACACUCCUAGUAAAAAAAAGCAUUUGGAUUAAAAAAAAUCAGUUUGCCGUGAUCACUCUCAUUUUGCUUUAGUCUUUAAAUAAAACAAUUAACUCUUUCAGUCAUGCUUUUACAUAUAAAAUAUCUUAAACUUUUAUGGUAUAAUUUUAGCAUCAUUUACCACUAAAAUAUCACAAGAAGUAGGAAAAAAAAAUCUAGGUAUUAAGGCUUUUGAGGAAUGAGGUGGUCAGUAGCACUAACCACCAUGACUGAUGGUACAAACAAAACAAUGAUAGAUCCAGUAUGAUUUUUAUUAAUUUUAAGGAUAAUAAUAAAGUUUCCACAUGCAAAAUUAAAAAUUACUUUUUAUGGAAAUCUGCAAAACAUGUUUUUCCUUUGCGCAAGCAAAGUGGGACCUUACAUGUAUUACAUUGCCAUACAGUACGAACUGGAGAUAUUUUGGUGCUACAUUUGCAGCAUCUCCUCGAAGUGCUUCUUUCAGGUUGAUGGCGACUGCAUUCAAGGCGAAUUUCCUGAGGGACCGUAGGCUUGUGGCGUUUAAUAGAUGCAGGACCUGGAGAAGACGCGGCAGAACUGCGAUUGCUGUUUACUGAUUCAGGCCUUGAUUUGUUUCUGACAUAUGAUGGCGCUAGUAAGCCCUGGUAUACGCUUCGUCUGUACUCUUUCAAAGUCAACUGACUAAGAUCUGGGCGUGAAGAGGACUGCAGUUCUUUAUAAAUUAGAAAAGCAUUGACAACACAACAGUCAAGGAAAUGAAAAAAAAUUCUGUGCCACCACUUAUGGGAUUUUCUGUCAACCGCAUAACUUCCUUUUAGUUGAUCAAAUUUAUCGACAAAAUUCAUAUUUGCAUUAUAGUCUUUCACUGCUUCUGGGCAGGACAUUUCAAUACUAGUACCGUCGCGCUCUCUGCGGGUAACUUUUCCGACAUUCUUAGGAUCAUGGUAGUUUGAUAAAAUAAAAACAGAUCUCUUAUCUUUCCAUUUCAGAACACUUAUUUUUGUGUCACUAAUCCGGUAAUCGUGUUCACCUCUUUGCAAAUGCUUGUCUUCUUUUAGCGUCGGCAAUAACUUUCUAUUUGAAUUUACUGUUCCACAAGCAAAUAUUUUGUCAUCUCGUAAUUUUACUUGCAAAGGGUAACUAUUAAAGUAAUUGUCAAAAUAUACCUUAUGAUUUUUGCCUUUCAGAUCUUCGCAAAAAUUCCUGACAACUUUACCACCUAAGUCAGUUUCUACGUUAGCACCUUGCUUACCUGUGUAUAAAUCAAAAUCCAGGCAGUACCCUGACUGAGCACACAUCAUCCAAACUUUAUACCCCCUUUUAGUCGGUUUUUUCGGCAUGUAUUGCUUCAAAUAAUUUCUGCCUUUAAAUUUUAUCAUGCUCUCAUCAAUAGCAACUUUUUCAGAUGACUUGUAGUUUUUCCUAAAAUUUAGUUUUAGAAUAUCGAGUAGA